CUCUGCCAACUGCCACUUAUUCACUUUUUAAUGACGUUUCCUCUCAUCUCUGGAUCACCUUUCCAAUACAGCAUGUUCCAGAACAACGCACAUUCUGGCAGCGAAACACGACAGAGAAACAAAAACUGGUGCGCCUACGUCGUGCACAAGAACGUGAGCUGUGCCGUCGUGGGAGGCACGGGGAGUUUCGUGCAGCCGGACUUUUUACCGUGUCCACCAGAGCUGCCAAACUGUGCGCAACAAGUGAUAUAUCGGACACACUUUAGGCCCAUGUAUAAGAUUGCAUACAAGACUGUAACAGAGCUGGAGUGGAGGUGCUGCCCAGGGUACCAGGGCCAUGACUGCAGGGAGGUGAGAGACCCAAAGUUACUCCAAGUAGAGCGUUUGCCUCAUGCACCCUCUGAUGCUGGACAAAUUCCAGUCCCACAAGCUCCAGAACAGCGGACAGAAGGCCAGAGAAACCAUCCAUGGGGAGGGGAGUGGCAGUUUGGAGGUCAGACAGGUCACAGGCCACUAGGGGGUCAUGGAGGAUCUCAAAGUGCACAACACCUGGAGGAAAGGGUGCAGCAACUGUCCCAGAUGGUCCUUGACAUGCAGGCAAGAAUGACAGACAUGUCCUCUGAUCUGAGACUGGAUUUCCAGGAGGACGCCAGUAAAAUGUUUGUUACGCUGCUCAAUAACCUCAGACAGCCUGUCAGUGCACAAGGCGUAGAACCCCAAACCAUUCAGGUGCAGGACUUCUCUUUUGACCACGAGACAAUGCCAAUGGACGAAGUUUUGAACAAGAUCAGCCAGGUCACAGAGGAUCUAGAGUCCAAGACUAAUACCCUCGAUGACCUGCUGAGCCGUGUAGACCGUCAUGACGGACAGAUUCGUCUGCUAAUGGAGGCUGCCCAGAAUCCAAUGUCCACACCUCCUCCAGCUCCCCCAUCUAGUGAUGGAGACCUACGUGCCUACCUCGACGUUAAGAUCCGCACUCUGAGAGAGGAGUUGAUGGAGGGCAUGGAAAUCAAACUGGCAGACUUGAAGAACUCUUGCAAUUAUAAAAUCAUGUCAGUUCAGGAGCAGUGUGAGGGACAAGAGGCCAAUUACCUCAGCCUGGCCGAGCUCAUGGACUCAAAGGAAACUGACCUCCGCAACGAGAUCCAGGACCUUAUGACCAAGCUGGUUGAUCCAGGAAAGGAAGGCACCGCAGUAUCUGAUGCUGUUCUCACUCGUGUGGAAAAUGUUGAGAUCCGUCUGAACUCAUCUGAGAAUACUAUGGCGGGGCAGUGCCUCUCUUUGGAGGAGAAACUGAAGAGAGAAAGGGCAGAGGCCAUCAAAGACAUGAGGGAGACUCUGGAGGAUAGUCUGGCCUCCAUGGAAGAUAGACUCACCACCCUGUUGGUAGAUACAAGCACCAACUCGCAAUCUGGAGUUCAGCCAGAGAGUCAGGAUGCAUUGCAGAGGGACGUUAACUCUCUAAAGGGCUCUUUUCAAACUCUGGAGGAUAGACUCAAUGUCUUGGACCAGCUGUGCUCAAAGGAGCACAAGGCUAAUUUAACUGCUGUAGAAAACCUUCAGCAAGACUUCCAGAGCUGCAAAACUGCUAUAGGUGACAUGGAAACUAAUCUAAAAGCCCAGAUAAAUGGCCUUGGAGCCAUGGAGGGGCAACUCCUCAACUACAGCACAAGCAUUGAGAAUGUACACAGUGAGCUGAGCUCCAUGAAAGGCCACAUGGGCAGAUUGGAAGAAUCACUUACAGAUGUAGUCCACCGGCAGUCUCGGACCUUCCAGAGCCUUAACUCUACUUGGAGUCAAGUUAAAACAGGGGCUGAGCAGGAGGCCAAAGACCUUUUGGAGCUCCACAGAAUGCAGCAUCAGGAACUUAGACAGCGGCUGGAGGCGCUAGGCAGGGAAGUGAGAGCGGAGGCCGAUCAAUGCAGGGAAAAAACCAAAGAUGUUGGGAAGGAGAUUGCCCACAUGGACAGCCGCAUCGUUAGUGUGGAGAGUUUAUGCGGCAAGCUGGAUCCCAUGUCUGGCAGCCUCCAGAGGAUCAGAGAAGGGCUGAAUAAACAUGUCACUGGUUUGUGGACUUUUGUCAACCACCUGAAUGGCACCGUUAGAGCUCAUGCCAAAGAUAUUGGAGGACUGAGGGGAACUUGUCAGAAGCUCCAGAACCACAUCGCUAACGUAGCCAGAGACCUCCAAGUGCUAACAGACAACAACUCUGGGAAGACAGGUGUUCAGGUUGCAGUGGAGGACGCAGGACUUCCCCAGGGUUCAAGUAAGAGCCUCACAGUGCCGGUUGGCCCCGUGAACGCCUCUCUCCCUCAGCCACCUGCGAUAGAGACCGGAGAGGCAGGUCCCCCAGGCAAGAUGACCUCGUCCAAGUUGCCCAAGGGGACCGGCGGCAGCACGAUGCCUGUUCAGGGCUUUGCUGGAGCUCCAGCUACCCCAGGCAAAUUCACUGACUCACCAAAGACCAGCAUGCCAAUCAUCUCAGCAGUCGGAAAUAUGCCCCACGGACCAUCACCACAGAAACCUGCCAUGGCUUUAGAUGAGAAGGUGUCGUUCUCAGCCGGUCUGACUCUUCUACCGUUCCGAGGAGAAGUCGGAAUCAUUCGAUUUAACAAGGUGUUGGUCAACGAUGGAGGACACUACGACCCAAAUACAGGUAUCUUCACAGCUCCCACAGGUGGCCGCUACCUGGUGAGCGCUGUUCUCACAGCCCAGCGAGGUGAUAAGGUCGAGGCGGUUCUCUCAGUGUCCAACCGCAGCAUCCAGAGGCUGCACUCGGCAGGUUUCUCGUCUGGAACGGCAGCACCGGCGUCACUUGAACAGUGUAACUGCAGCAGUGCGACCUCACUGAGCCUGGUUCUCUCACUGAAGCGAGGCGACCGAGCGGGACUCGUCAUGACGGCCGGAAAGCUCGCCGUCUCAGCCUCCUCCUCUGAGAUCCUGUCGUCUUUCAGCGCUGUGCUUCUUUACCCCACCCCGUCGAAACGGUAGCCCUGCCACUUUCAGAGACAACUGAUACCUUAUAUAAGCCAAAGCGGGGUAUGGUGUACAUUAUUGUGUAUACACUAAGGCUAAUUGUGAUAUUUUAUUAUCAAAGCAGUGAAAGACAACCUAUUUACCAACAAUAACAAGAGGUAAAAAUACAGUAUCCAAAUAAUAAAAUAGGACUAUUUCAAUCAUGAGUACUAAUAUAUAGUGUUUAUAUUGCAGUUAUUUUAUAUUUUUGUUGUCUUGUUGUUUACAACCUAGAUCUAUCAAAUACAUGUUUUGCUUGAACAUGUAAUUGUUGUCCACUGCAGUAAUCUUAGUUUCUCCCUUUAUUCAAGAACACAAAGUGCCUUGUACCUAUACCUUCCGGUAAUUACUGAUGUUAAUGCAUCGUCAGUGCUAAAAUUUAAAUUCCAGUUGAUUCAGUUUGUUAAUUACUGGGCAGAAAAUCUGUUUCAGAAAGAACUUUAAACAUCCUACAGUUCAUACCAGUUGUCUUUAUUGCGGAUAUACUCUGAUGCGGACAUUUGACAUUAAUGUUACUGGCCCUACCUAUGCCAGACUCCUCUCCUUGUUGGUGCUAAACUGUCAAUAA